AUGUCGUCUGAUGCAACUCAAAUUGCAAUUAUUGGUGGGGGUAUAGCAGGUCUGGCUUUAGCCCUCAGGCUUCAGCAGGGUGGUUUGCAUCUAACGGUAUUCGAGCGACGAUCUAAUGGUCAUGCCGCCAGUGGCAGUAUGGUACUCACGCCCAAUGCCCUUCGUGUUCUCAAGAACCUUGGUGUAUAUGAGCAAAUUUUCAAUGCUGGUCACGUCCAUGUUGGUGUGAACAUGAUCAACACAGAUGGGUUACGAUUGGGGCGGAUGAAUCUCGGAUCCGAGGAGAUUAACGGCUAUCCUGCCAUACGUGCCUACCGCAGUGUGAUUCACGAUGCACUUCUUGUGAGAGCAAUGGAGAAGAAAAUCGAGAUUCGGUUCGGCAUGGAGUGCACAGGCGUUGUAAAGGAAGGACAGGACAGCGUCGUUGUAAGAUUUUCCAACGAGGAAUCCUUUGAAGCCUCAGUUGUUGUCGGUGCAGAUGGUAUAUUUUCAAAAAUGAGGCACUAUGUUGCACCGCAUGCCACGUUGUCAUUCAGUGGCCAGAUGGUUAUCUUUACGUUUACGUCGAAUGACUAUUGGAAACACUCCACUCGAUCGGAUCCGAGCUGUGUUGUUGGGUCCAGUGGAUUGUUUUUUAUCCUCCCCACCGAUAACUCCAGGUCUAACUUACUUCUCUUUACGACGAUAGAAGUGCCAGAUCGACCUAAGGAUGAAUGGCAGGCCCUUGCGGCUAAUAAGCGAGCUCUGUCCGGUAUGCUACAGUCACGCUUGUAUGCAGAUGAUUAUCCAGAAUGGCUACGAGAACUGGUUGCCUCAGCACCACUUGAUCAAUAUGACAUAUGGCCAUUCUACUUUCUAAUGGGACCAUUGCAAUUUACGUCCACUAUGAGCCAUGUGGUUCUCGUAGGCGAUGCGGCACACUCUAUUCCUCCAAGUGCUGGUCAGGGCGGCGCCAUAGCUUUAGAAGACGCCGAAACUCUUGCAGAGGUGAUUCUCACUGCUCAUGCCGAGCCAUCUAGCGAGUCUCACGGGAAACUCCUUGCAACAUGGGAAAAUUGUCGACAAGAAAGAAUUGAGAGGGUUACAGAAUUGACCAGGCAACAUAAUGAUCUUCGCAGAGCUUGCACAGGAACGGUUUCUCAGAGCGACAAAGAGGCCUAUAUCAGCCAAUUCUUCAGAACCCAAGAUCUUGAAUGGCUGUAUGGAUUCCGGGUAGAAGACUUUUGUCAUGUGCUUCGUACGCAUGAUUAA